UCCACCAACAUUGGAUUAGAAACCACCGCAAACCCUGCACCCCUAGCAUUCAACACAACUCCAUCCACCGCUCGCAAGACGAUUCCGACAGCUGACUGUGAAGCACUCCUAACCUCCCCAUCAAAGGAACAUAUCCAAUUCACACCUUGCGGCAUAUCAUCUCCCGUAGUACCCAAAGCUCUCCCCUAUGAUCCCCCAUUCAUCCCUUCAAGUUCAAACCCAUCAACCUACUCCUGAACCCGAGCAUCAAAUUUUCGCUUGAGAACAACUACCUUAUUUUGAAAAUAAUCGAUAACCACCCAGUUUUGAGAUUUCCAUAUCCGCCAUAACAUUGACACUAUUCACAUCACCAUAGCAUGCUUCACCUCCCUCUCAAAGAGCCGUCUUUGAAAGAUGCCUAGAUUAACCUCCGGUAGGACAAUGAGUUUGGGCAUUAAACUAGAGGCUUCGCAAAUAUCAAUCGCCAUGGGACAAGAGAGAAAUUAAUGCCCCUUUGUUUCCACGUCAUACCAACAAUCCGGACAGUGUUCCAACACGGAUACCUCCUUCCCACACAAAGCCUCCGUAGUAGGGCGGUCAUCCGACCGUUGGUUGCCCCUUUUUUUCCUUUCUUUUUGAUUUGUGUUGUUCAGCCUCAUUUGCACCCAUUUUUUGGUAGACAUUAAGGCUGCAAUUUGAAAAAUAAAAUUGUUUAAAAUUUAAUAGCAACGGCUAUAAAGAACAAGGAUCGAAAGUAACUUUGUUUGAGAAUGAUAUGCAGAUUUUGGAAAUUGACCAAACAAGUUAACUCAAAGGAAGAGGAAGUUUGUUAAGCGUCGACAAAAUGACAUAUAUGCUAGGGAUGCUGCUGAUGAUGGAGACCAGCUGCUAACCUUGGUGUCCGAAGUGCUACUGACCUUGGUGGUGGGAGUGAUGAGGACUACUGUAGCCAUUACGAUACAUAUCAUUCUUUAAAUUUGUAGUGUGUAUUUGGAUUUCUAGUUUGCAUUUGAAUUCUUAGCUUGUAUUUGAAUUCCUAUCUUAUAUUUGAAUUUUUAGUUUUUAUUUGAAUUCCUAGCUUGUAUAUGAAUUCCUAGCUUGCAUUUGGACUACUCUAUAUAUCUUUGUCACUUCAAAUUGGAAACAAAAAAUCCACUUUUAUUACUCAAUCACGAAUGCUUGCAUUUCGAGCCAUGUACUAUUAUAGUGUCGGCCUAUUUCGAUUUAAAUUUGUUUGGGCAUCUUCAUAAUUAAUUGGACCACACAUCUCAUCAAAAUCAUCAUGGUGUUCAUCCUCAACUAUCAUAUUAUGUAAUAUAAUGAAAGUUAACAUUAUAUUCUUCAGUGUUGGCAGAUCCCAAGCACGAGCAAGGUUGCGUACAAUAGCCCAACGAGAUUGGAGAAUGCUGAAUGCCCUCUCUACGUCUUUUCCAUAUCCUUCUUGAUGCUCGAAAAAUAAAGCUUCAUUGGAAUCAAUUGAAUUAUCAAUUGUCUUCACCAAAGUAUUCACCUAGAGAAUCAGCUGUAAAACCAUAAGCUAGCAUGUGCAGAGCAGCAGUAGCUUUCACUUUAGGCGAUAUGGAUUUGUUACCAACAACAUCAACUCUUCGUGAAAAUGUUGAGUCAACCUCCAACAUGCCCCCCAAAAUGCAAUGGAACAAUGCAGGAAACAUACGAAAACGCCUUAUGAAUGUGCGCUAGUCGUAUUUAAGCAUCUUUCCAUUUUCACCAAAGUAAUCAUUGAUCAAGCGUUGAUGGGCAACUUCUCUAUGCCGUCUGAUGAAGCAUCUGCUGCCAACUUGUCGGGGUACUGGUGCACUUUCCUCAUCCUCUAUUUGUUUCCAACUGGAGUUCGUGGUCAAAAAUUUCAAGCUCUGCAUACUCUUCAUCAUCAGAUGAAGAAAAUUGGGAUGAAUACAUGAUGUCUUGUUGAGAGAAAUUUGAGAGAAGUGAAGAGUGGGAUGAAUUCUUCUUUUAUCAAGAAGUUAUAUUAUAUAGACGAGAUGAGUGGUGUAAGUUGUUUCAAUUACUAGUAUUUGACUAUACGAGUGGCCAAUUAUGCAUAAAGAUGAAGUGAUGGAUCAUUUGGACCAAGAUGAGUAGUGUGAGUUGUUUCAAGAACUAAUAUUUGACUUCACUAGUGGUUAAUUAUGUAUAAGGAUGAGGUGAUGGAUGACUGCAUUUUCUGGAUACAAGAUGAGUGGUGUGAGCUGUUUUAAGUACUAAUAAUUUAUUGUGCUAGUAGACGAUUAUGUAAAAAGAUGAAGUGAUUGCGCUCUGAAUCAUCUGGAUAAUAGAUGAAUGGUGUGUGUAUCACCACAACCCAAACUUAAGUUGUAUUUCCCCUUAUUACCCUUCCAACUUCCAAGUAUAAUUGCAUUGAUCAGAAUUACACCCAUUUAUCAACUCACCCACCAACAAGUCAUUUAUACUCCCACUUCCCUUAUCCCGUCAGAAUCGUGAACCCCAUUAAUAGAGACAUCUAGCUAGGAAACCCAUUACAACCUCGCUCUCUCAGUCCCUUAAAUUAAACCAGAGGAAAAGAAUGAGAGAGCCACCCUUGUGGCAUCUGUUGAUUCCAAUUCUUACAAAGCCUGCAAAAGAGAACCACUGAACCCCAUUUCCCCUUGACAUUAACGCAGGUCAAGAUAGAGCAGCCUCUACUUCCGCCGGAUCCAUUUCUCCGACGAUAGGAUCGCUCUUAUUCUCACGUGCUUGAAAGAAGGAAGCAAGAGUCGUUCGAAUCCAAAACAUUUCCCAUGUCCUGUAGGUAAAAAACAAUGACCCUAAUGAGUUUUCAAGCUUAGACUCGUGUAUACAUAGCUAAUACUUUAUACUUAUAACCUUGUCCUCAACAGAAGCUUGGCCGACAAAGGUGCGGAAUGACCGAAUGACGAUUAAACCAAGGAACAACGACCCUCGUGACUCAAAUCAAGUCUAGACAAGAAUAAGAGGUAAGGAGUCCCGAUCCCUCGUGUUGGAAUCGAUACUUACUUGAGUUCCACGAGUUUGUAGAAAUCUGGGACUUAGCGACGGAUGUACAGGCUGUUAGUAACGAUUAUAUCCGUCGCUGAAAGUAUGCCCAACUAGAAGCAGAGGUAGUCCUUUUGGGAUGGCCAGUGUUGACCUUUGGUCACGAUUUCCGUCACUGUCACUAAUGGAGCUGUAGCUUUUAAGAUUUAAGUAUCCAGGUUAAUGAAUGCCAAUUAUGUAUUGUCAAAUGAAUUUAUUUGGAAUUGAAUUAAUAAGUAUGUAUGGAUUAGGAGAUUAAUAAAAUAGUAGUUAGUAAAAUGAUAUAGUAUGAAUUAGUCAAUUAGUUGAUCUAGUAAUAUGAUUAUUAGUGUUGCCAAGAUGUUCUUCAAGCAAGUUAACCGGUUAAGAUGAUUUAAGUUGUUAGCUAGCAAAUAUUGGCUUUCCCGGGAAUAAUGCUAUGAGUCUAUGGCAAAUUAAACUAGAAGACAAUAUGAUAUGAUUAGUAAGUAAAAUUUAUCAUUGGCAGUUAAUGGGUAAAUCUACUAGUUUAUUUAGUAUAGUAAUAUAUGUUAUAAUAUGCUAGGUAAAAGUGAUUUUAGCAUGAUUAGUUCCAACUAUUUAAAUUGGCAUAGAUUUAAGGAGCGGAGGUUUAUAUGAUAAAUUAUUUAAUACCUCAAUUAGCCGUACUUAGCAAUUAUUGCGAAGUAGUUCCAAGUCGAGGGGAACCGUCGCUAAGUAUCCGAAACCCAACCGAUCUAACUUUAGUAUUCGCCAUAGGUUGACAAGGCAAAUCAUCUUCUCUAGAGCAUCGAUCCUUUGAGUUGGUAGCCAGAUCAAGUUUAACUGCUCGACCAAAUAAGGUGCGUGGUUUGAGGGGGCUAGUUAGUAUUCCAUUCUAAAUUAUGUAUGAUGCAUGUUACUUGGAUUAAAUGAUUUGCUCUUAUAUACUAUUUAUGGUUGAGUUAUGUGUUUAUGAGAUACAUGUUCAAGUUUGUGAAUCAUGGUCAAAUUUCUGAAUUUUGGUCGUUAUUAAGGCGAUACGUAACGCAGUAGCUGAUCAGGUAUGGAACUGGACGACGAUACGUAACGUAGUUUCCAUUGCCCAUGUUUAGAUAUGCAACUGGACGGCGAUACGUAACGCGCUUGGCAUACCUCAGUUUUGACACCGAACGACAAUACGUAACGCGGUGAUCAUAACUCAUGUUAAGCAAGCAGUGGCGUCAGCUAACUUGAGGUAGGGGUCCCGUCACAAGAUAAAAGAUGCAAGAUAUGUAGAAAGUGAACAAGAAUUACAAGUUCAAUACCUCCUAAUAACGUACCCUUAAUAAC